AUGUCUACUAGAAAGGAUUUGAAACCGGUCAAGAUUGCUGUUGUCGGAGUUGGCAGCGUCGGGUCUACAACCGCAUACACGCUGCUACUCAGUGGUAUGGCAGCCGACAUCAUUCUGAUUGUUAUUAAUAAAGAUAAAGCUGUGGGAGAAUUUAUGGACUUGAAUCACGCAUCGCCCUUAUCUUCUGAGAUCCAAGUCAGGGUUGGAACUUACGAGGAUUGUGCCGACUGCGCCAUUGUCAUCGUCACCGGUGGUGCUAAUCAAAAGCCUGGACAAAGCAGAAUGGAUUUAGUCUCUAAGAACGCCAAGAUAAUGGAGGACAUAAUCCCCCAAAUUGCCAAGAACGCGCCCAACACCAUUUUGUUGCUUGCCACCAACCCGGUGGACGUGUUGACGCUAAUCGCUUACAAAUUGUCAGGAUUCCCUCCACAGCGUGUCAUUGGAUCAGGGACUCUUCUAGAUUCGGUUCGGUUAAGAUACAACUUGGGAAGGUACUUCGACGUUUCAUCCGGAAGUGUUGACGCCUUUAUCGUUGGUGAACAUGGCGAUAGCGAGGUUGCUGCUUGGUCGCUGGCAUCAAUUGCAGGAAUGAGACUAGCGGACUACUGCGAGCAGUCUGGCAUGAAAUUUGAUAAGGCUGCUUUGCACAAGAUCUAUGAGGAGACGCGUGAUGCCGCCAGCAACAUCAUCAAGCGCAAAGGUUACACCGCUUACGGUAUAGCCGAAGGUCUCACUUAUAUAGUGAGCGCCAUUUUGAAAGACGAAGGCGCUUUGCUUACUGUUUCUACUGUUGGUGAGUAUUAUGGCAUCAAAGAUGUCGCACUUAGCGUUCCCGCCAAAGUAGGCCGCAACGGUGCACAUCAUGUCGCGAAACUUCUCCUCCAAGAUGAGGAAAUCAAAGAGAUUCAGAAGUCAGCAGAAAGCAUCAAGGCCGCUUGCAAGAAAGUUGGCUACGACUGA